GUAGAUUAUUGUAGGUACAUCAUGCAUCGACGAGCGCUGCAGUAUACACCAAAUACAAACCAAAACACGAUUACUCGUUAAAAUAUUAUAAUAUAAUAUAUUGUUUUACAAAAAUAACGGAUUUGAAAAAAAUUAAAAAGGCACGAAAUCUUAACGCCGCGACCGAUCCGAACACAAUAUCGUGCGCGUACUCGCGGCUGGCCAGAAUAAUAACAACUCGGCACCGCCGUCGUCUGGGAAAUAUUUGUUUUUUUCGACGACAGCCUACGACGAUUUUCUAGUUUCGCGUCCACAACAUUUUACAUCUUCGAGUAGCGCAUUUAUCAAAACCAUCAUGCAACGCGUUUACGACGACGAGGUCCUCGAGGCCUAUUUUAACGUGUCUGCAAUGGACGUAGUAGCAGCUCUGUUAGCAAAAACCGAACUCCUUUACUCGAAAGAACCCGAAACCGAAGUCUUGGACGACGGCGAGGAGGAGUUCUCCGGAGCUGACUUAAGCGACUACGUCGUUUCGGUGGUGAGCGCGGUCGUCAUCGGCCAAGUCGAACAGGUCCCGGAAGUGCAGCCUUGCAGCGGACAGUCCGAACCAUCGCAUGGACGGGCUGCACUUUCGGACACCGACGACCGCGCGGAAAGCGCAGAAGAACAGCAGGCGGAUUGCGCCGAGCAGCGGCCGGCCGAGGCCGACGGCAGAAAGUCGGCGAAGAGUGGGCAAACCGGAUGUCUGGACUGCGAAGAGUCUAUUGUUCCGGUGGCCGAGCGACAGACAGGCGCACAUCCGCGCCGUGGACGGACGUUGUGCAGAUACGUGUCCAGGGCGUGGGUAGGCGUAAAACGGGCCGGACGCCUGUUGUGUUGCUGCGGCCGCAGAUGGGAAUAACGGCCAGCAGAAUCCCGUUCCCACACCACGGCCGAGGAGCGCCAGACGAGACGGCGGCUAGACGGGGGAGUGGUACGCGAAAGAGCACAUUGUGUCCCGGGGCGGUGAGUCGCCAUCUACACGUUCUUCGCAGGUCGGUUCCGCGGAAAGACGGGCGGCGGUCGAUGGAGUCGCGAGCUCGCACGCGGUUUUCGACACUCGAGAUCAUCGGACGGCGGAUCCGGCGAGCGCCCGGACUCGGCGGACGGCGGUUGCGGCGGCGGCGGCUAGCUGUGAUGCGGCGGCGAUUGCGGCGCGUGCACGGAGACGAGACUCGUAACGGCAGCGGCGGCAGUGGCGGCGGCGGCGGCGGCGGCGGCGGCGCAGACCGCCGAACACGACGGGCGAGCUACGGCGAGCCAUAUAUUUGAGCUAGGACGUCAGCAUCGCGGGCGGACCCACAGAAACCGUUCCGAGGUUUCAGGGUCCGGCGGUGCGCGCGCCGGGACGAAAACUGCGGAGAGUCCGCCGAAUCUUUCUGGUUUUCGUCUGCUCUGCUCGGCA